GCCUCAUCUUCAAGUCUUUUCCUGGUUGCAGAGCUGCGUUACCUUAGUAGAAAACCAGCAUGAAUCCAAGGUUUCUGUGAGCCUGACACAUGGAUCUGUGAGAAACAGAAAGCGCACAUGUCAGUGGGACUGUUUUAACUCAGUGUGCCAACAUGUUCCCACGUGACUUUGCGUGGGGAGCGGCGACGGCUGCGUAUCAAAUCGAAGGUGAGUGGCUCAAUACAAAGAGGUGGAUUAAUGUUUGGCAAAAAGUGGAUGAACUGGCAACAGUGUUUCCAGCAGCACUGGUGCAACUUUAUCAACUGAACAGCCUCACGACAAAGGUCUCAGAUUAUGCGAUUCAGUCGACACACAUCAGGAUGUUUCUUUAACAUAAAUCUUCAUUUAAAUAAACAAAAACAACCUUUUAUGAAGCUAAAUAAGUCCAAUUGAGACCAGACAUCUCUCUUCCAAGGAUACCCAACUAUAGCAGCAACACAAAGUAUCGACAUCUAUCUUACUGCAAAUGUGUUAUGAGUUAAAAAAUAUAUAUUAACAAGGAAAAUGUACUUUCGUGUAUAGUAGAAGAGUUUAUUACACAUCCUAACUUGGGACCUUUUUGGUAGCCUGUAUUAUAUUAGAAUUAUAUAAUUAUUAUAAAGGACUCUAUCAACAAGGGAGUGAAUUAAUAAAAUUUUGGUUGAUGAAAAGGGAUGGGAUUAAAUAAAUUGUACUUGUUCCCACCGCUUUUCAGUCACAGAUAAAAACCUUUUUUUCCCUUUCUUAAUCAGCCUCCCUUUUCUUUCAUGUUUAAAAUAAAUAACUACAUUCAGUCAACUUCAAUUUAAACAUCCCACUUAAACAGUAGAACUGAAUAAAAUCAUUCAAGAAGUAAGCUAAAACAUUAACAUGAAGAAAGUCUAAUUUCUAGACUUUUCAGUAAAGACUAAAACACAUUCUGACAAACUAAAUUUGACAUCAACUUGAUCCAGAUAGCAUAAAAUGCCACAGGAUACAUAAGUAUUGUGCCAACUUCCUAAAAAUGACAAUCAUGAAGACAAACACAAAGAAUAGUCAUACUAGAUGUGAUAUCCAUAUAACUGAGCUUAAUCCUAGGUCCACCAAUGCAGACGAGCAAAUUUGCAUUUCUUUGUUGAACAGAAUAAAUUGCCCCAAAAUACACCUAAACAAACUCAAGCUCCCAGGUGAGACAUGCUGUGAUUCUUCGACUUCCUAAUGAAACUGUUGUUUUGUGCCCAUCUAGGUGGUUGGCAGGCAGGAGGCAAGGGACCAAGUAUCUGGGACACAUUUUGUCUUGAGAAAGGCAGAGUGUUUGGGGACCAGAAUGGAGAUGUCGCCUGCAACAGCUACGAGCUUUGGGAGAAGGACCUGGAGUGUAUCCGGCAGCUUGGACUGACACACUAUCGCUUUUCGCUUUCCUGGUCCCGCCUGCUGCCUGAUGGGACUACGCAACAUGUCAAUCAAAAAGGUACUGCCUCAAACGUUCUGAUAUUGCCACCAUGGAUUUUCAGUGUUUAAGUUUCAGUCCUCUAUAUGUUUUCAACAGGUGUGCAGUAUUACAACAAGGUGAUCAAUGAUUUGGUGGCCUGUAACGUGUCACCUAUGGUUACACUUUACCACUUUGACCUGCCUCAAGCUCUCCAAGACCAGGGUGGCUGGAAGUCUCCGAGUAUCGCAAACCUGUUCGACAGCUAUGCCAAGUUCUGCUUCCAAACGUUUGGUGACCGUGUCAAACUCUGGAUCACUAUCAAUGAGCCAUAUGUCUGCGCCAAACUGGGUCAUGAAGACGGCAUCCAUGCCCCAGGGUUAAAAGAACCAGGAACUGCUGCCUACCUGGUGGGCCAUAACAUGCUGCGUGCCCAUGCCAUGGCCUGGCAUAGCUACAACCAUGACUACAGGAAGGAGCAGAAGGGUUGGGUGUCUCUUGCUGUCAACAGCGACUGGGCUGAGCCUUUAAACACACAUUGCAAAGAGGAUGUUGCUGCGACUGAACGCUACCUUGCAUUCACUUUGGGGUGGUUCACCUGGCCUGUGUUUGUAACAGGAGAUUAUCCUGAAAUAAUGAGAUCUGCCAUCGAAGCACAGAGUAAGAAAUUAGGAUUCAACGGCGGCCCAAGACUGCCCAGUUUCUCCAAAGAUGAACCCACAGUUUUGGGCACAGCCGACUUCUUUGCACUGAACUACUACACAUCUCGUAAAGUCAAAAAAGGAGAAAGUUGUGGAAAUAUUCUGUGCAUGAAGAGCGACAGAGAUGCAGGAGACGUUUUGGAUCCGUCCUGGCCUAUUUGUGGUGUGUCCUGGCUUGCUGUGGUGCCUGAUGGUUUAAGAAAACUUCUCAAGUACAUCAAGGUACAUCUUAAACUCCUGAUCAAUCUUGAAGUUUCAUUUUAUUGAUCCAAACAAGACUCAAAAACAGCCUUUAUUUUAAAUUGAAUUUGAUGAAAUGUGAUAAAAUGUGAAUUCUGUUUUCCCUUUCCCUCCUCUUAAACUGAAUUUAGCAACCAGAAGACAAAUGGCCUUCAACUAAACAACACUCUGACAUUUGUUUAGUGUCUUUCUAUCGAUUUUCUAUGCAGUAAUCUCCUCUUAACACCUCCAGAAACACACUGAUGCUUCAUUAGUGCUGUCACAUUGAAUGAAACUGUUACUUUGUUGAAAGUGUUUGCAAUUGCAAUUUCCUGCUGUUGUGACUUGUCACAGGCCAUUAGUUUGAGCUUGGCACAGCUGAAAUGCAGCUAAACGGCACAUUGUAGACCAAUCUGUCUCCGUCUGGAAUGUCUGACAGCUGAGAAGCCUUGUUUGACGAUAAUAUUUUUGCCCUGUGACUUUGCAGGAGACGUUCGACAACCCUGCAGUCUACAUUACGGAGAAUGGCUUCUCUCAGGUGGGAACGCUGCAAAUCGAGGAUGAUCAACGCUCAAAGUUUUACAAGGAUACACUCUUGGAAGUGGCUAAAGGUAAAAGCUGGUUAAUCUGCAGGGUCAAAAAUUUGAGAAAUUAACUCCAGUGAAAAGCAAAAUGUACCAUGUUCAAACCGCAGUGUUUGAGAAAUAUAAACCAAACAAAACGCCCACAGUUUGUCACCACCAUCUGGUCAAUAUGUGUAUUUUUCACUGCUAUGAAUACUAUAAUUAUUCAGGAGAUUUAGCAUUUGAAUUUGUGGUAGUACAGCACUUAUUCAAGGCAAGAUAAGACAGAAAAAUACAAUGUUUUCAGCUGUUCAGAUAGAUUACUCAUGCUGCACAUUAUAGGACUAACUGCUGUUAAAAAUGUUGACUUCAACCUUCUCAAACAUAAGAGGUCUUUUUUUUCUGCUUAUAGCUAUCCAAGAAGAUGAGGUCAACGUCUGUGGGUAUUUUGCAUGGUCGCUGAUGGACAACUUCGAAUGGUCUGAUGGAUACAGCGUUCGCUUUGGAUUGUACCAUGUAGACUUUAACGAUGGAAAGCUAAGCCGAACCAUGUACCAGUCUGGACGGGAGUACGCAAAGAUCAUCCUGAAACACAAAUUAGAUCAGUGAUGUAAAAAAAAAAAAUGAACAUCUUUGAAAAUUUCAUUUUGAAGAGUUUUACUGUGUCAAACUGAAUCAGAUGAGUCAAACCAGUUCAACCAGUCAACAAGGUUUCUGUUUGCUUUCACUGAAGAGCCAAAAUUUAACGCACCUCUCCUCCUCUAGUUAAAAUAGUCAUGCUUAGGUCCAUUAAACAGACUUACUGCACAGAAAAUCUGACUUCAGCAGGGGAAGUGAGGACAUGAGCGCAGACUUGUUUCAAUGGAAUGUAAAUUAGUAUUCAGUCCUGCUUGGCUUCCAGUCAGCCCGUAUGAGGAGGUUUACGGAGAGGGGACACUUCCUCGCAGCUGUAAGACCAAGCUGUUGCAGCCCCCUCAAAGAGCUGCAGAGGCUGCUGUAUACAUGCCUCGUUUUUCCCAAGGAUUAACAGCAAUAUCGAUGGUGGUAUCAGCCUGAAUAGCAGCAUUGUAAUGCGCCUGUGUACGUGCAUGCUCUCUACAUGUAUAGGUGUAAGCUGAUGCGGAAAGGCCGUCUAUCUCACAUCUCUAAGAGCUUAUCUUCUCCUUGAAUCUACCAGUGAGAGACAGAUGAAUGUGUCUUUGAUACACAGCUACCACUAUGAACUUCAACACACACGCACACAUACACACUAUAAUACCUUGCAUUGUGUUCUGGAGGUUUCAGGUUGACUGGAAGGUUUAAGUAUGUCAAGGGCUAAUCCAAAGAAAAGGCCAUACUUCAACACACACUGCAGAGAUAAUACUUUUACUUUGAAAGGGCAAGGGCAUAAAGUUUUGUGAGGACUUUGAAACAUAAAUAAAAAAAUGUUGGAAUAAAGUUUGAUCAA